CUGAACUAACACACCAUAUCACUUCCUGUAGGACAAUAAACCUCCCAAAAAGGAAAAUGCUGCCAAACCUCAAGCACCAACUGCAACACCAGCUCCAGCACCACCAACAACUGCAUCAGCACCAAUGCCAGCCUCAGCUCCAGCACAAGCAUCAGCUCCAGCACCACCAAAAACAACUGCAUCAACACCAAUGCCAGCUCCAGCACAAGCACCAGCUCCAGCACCACCAAAAACAACUGCAUCAACACCAACGCCAGCCUCAGCUCCAGCACCUGCAUCAGUACCUGCAUCCACUACAGCGCCAGCUCCAGCACCCGCUACAGCCAACCUGGAUCAAAAUGGACCAGAGGGAAAAGAGGAAGCCCCCCCGCCACCAAUCGUCAUCAACGCUUAUUCAGAUGAGCAGCUUCGCUCUAUAGUGAAGCGCAUGAGAGAGAGACUUGAUAUCUACAAAGAGAAAGUGGCUGAUCAGUAUGCUUCAUCGCCAGAAAUCAGUCCCCCUGUCACACCACUCAUGCACAAACCCCACUAUGCUAAACUACUAGAGGAGAGAAAAAAGCAAGCAGAGGAGGAGCGGAUCAAAAAGGAGGAGGCUGACAAGAAGAAGAAAGAAGAGCAAGAGAAGAAAAAGAAAGAAAAUGAGCAGAAGAAGAAGGAGGAGGAAGAGAAAAAGAAAUUGGAAGCAAAAGAAGAAGAAAAGAAACGCGACUAUAAGGUUGUCAUGAAGGAGAAAAUGUGGCUGUCUGUUGAUGUCUUUCUGAAGCCCAUAGAGGACAGUAUGGACUCUGUGCUGGGGAGCACUAUAGAUCCUUUUACAGAUCGUCGCUACAUUGCCUGGUUGAGCCUGGUAACUCUUGCUUUCAACUACAACACCUGGUUCAUUACUGCCCGUCUCUGUUUUCCCUACCACACCGAAUGGUCGAUCCCUUACUGGUUCAUCGUGGACUUGCUGGCUGACUUCAUCUACCUCACAGACAUUAUCAUUUUUCAGUCCCGCAAACAAUUUGUCAAAGCUGGAGACAUUAUUAAAGACAAAAUGCUGACAAAGAAGAAUUACAGAGAAAAUGAGAGAUUCAUGAGCGACGUAUUGUCCGUUUUACCCUUCGACUUACUCUACUUCCAGUUUGGUUUUAAAUCCAUUUUUAGAGCCAACCGCUUGCUGAAGGUAGAUACAUUUUUCGAGUUCAGCGACCGCCUGGAAAGUAUAAUGGCGAAGGCUUACAUCUGGAGAGUUAUUCGCACCAUUGGCUAUCUCCUUUUCAUGCUCCACAUCAAUGCCUGCCUCUAUUAUGUAGCUUCGGACUACCAAGGCAUCGGUAAAACUAAGUGGGUCUACUCUGGACUGGGAAGUGCUUACCUCACCUGCUUCUUCUAUGCGGAGAAAUCCUUGCUGAUGAUCGCUGAGUUGCCAAUUCCAGACACCAUGUUUGGAAUGAUAUUUCAGAUGACAAAUUACCUUUUUGGUGCAUUGUUCAUGUCCAUCAUUCUUGCCCAGAUGAGGGAUGUGAUUGGUGCUGCCACAGCCGGACAAACAUACUUCCGCUCGUCCAUGGACAGCACUGUGGCAUACAUGGUGACCAAUCGAAUCCCAUCAUUGGUCCAGAACAGAGUUCGCACUUGGUAUACGUACACUUGGGAUGCUCAGGGCAUGCUGGAUGAGUCUGAGCUGCUUGAUAAGAUGCCAUUGGUGAUGAGAACCGCUAUUGCUGUGGACAUCAACCUGGCCACUUUUCAAAAAAUCGAUCUUUUCAAGGGCUGUGAUCAGCAGAUGCUGGUGGAUAUGUUACUGAGAUUGAAGUCCAUCAUCUAUCUGCCAGGAGAUUUUGUUGUAAAGAAAGGUGACAUCGGAAAAGAGAUGUACAUCAUUAAGAGUGGAGCCGUGCAGGUGGUCGGCGGACCUGACAACAGCAUUGUGUUUGUGACACUUAAGGCUGGCUGUGUGUUUGGAGAAAUCAGUCUGCUGCAGUCAUCCAAAGAUGGAGGAAAUAGGCGAACUGCCAAUGUCAAAGCCUAUGGAUUUGCUAAUCUUUUUGUCCUGGAGAAGAAAGACUUGUUUGAUAUUCUUGUCCACUACCCAGAAUCUCAGAAAGUAUUGGCCAGAAAGGGAAGGAAACUAAUGAAAGCAAAAGGUCCAGGAGCAGCUAAAGCAGAGGAGGAAAAGAAGAAAGGUCUCGCACUUUUUGGACCCAAACCACCCACACCCAAAUUAUUGCGAGCCUUCGGCGGUGGCUUCAACAGAAAAAUGAUUGACAAACUCAAGUCUUCUGGCAGCAAUUGAGAGAAACUUCUAUUGAUUCAUUUUAUCAACUCCGUUUUGGGAGUGUAUUUUCUGUUUUAAACUUCAUACCUACUUUUUUUUUUUUCAAAGUAUUUAAUAGACAAUGUAUAAUUUUAACUUAAUGGUCAAUGCAUAUAUUGUAUUUACACAAAAAAUAUCCUUAGAAUUGCACUAUACUGUUUGUUUAUAAAAUAUUAUCAACUUGUUUACACUUGCUUGUAUUCAUUUUUGUAUCAA